AUAUAAUGAAGAUCCUUCACUACUUUUGUUCCGUAUUGUUUUUAUUACGAUUUUCUAUGGUUGAGACAACAAAUUAUGGUUAAGUUGUUUUGUUGACGGUAUAAAUGGAAAUUUAAAACUUUAAUUUAUUUAAAUUUUUCAAACCUCAGUACUUAUUUGAACAACAGAGUGGGAUUAUUUGAAAGUGAAUUUUUGGUAAUACCGCAGAUUCGAACGGAAAAUCAUGUCUAAUAAAAAGAGGGAUAGCCAAGUUCCUGCCGAGGAAAGCGACCAAUUGCUAAUAAGGCCUCUUGGAGCUGGCCAAGAAGUUGGAAGGUCUUGUAUUAUGGUCGAGUUUAAAGGGAAAAAAAUAAUGCUUGAUUGUGGGAUUCAUCCGGGCCUAUCAGGAAUGGAUGCUCUACCGUUCGUUGAUUUGAUUGAAGCAGAUGAGAUCGACUUACUCUUAAUUUCACAUUUUCACUUGGAUCAUUGUGGGGCCUUGCCAUGGUUCUUAUUGAAAACAAAUUUCAAAGGACGGUGUUUCAUGACGCAUGCAACUAAAGCAAUUUAUCGAUGGUUACUUUCUGAUUACAUUAAAGUAAGUAAUAUUGCAACAGAACAAAUGCUCUAUACAGAAGCUGACUUGGAAGCAAGCAUGGAUAAAAUUGAAACAAUAAAUUUUCAUGAGGAAAAAGAGAUUUUAGGUAUUAAAUUUUGGGCAUACAAUGCAGGUCAUGUCUUAGGUGCAGCUAUGUUUAUGCUUGAAAUAGCAGGCAUUAAGAUUUUAUAUACUGGGGAUUUUUCUCGACAAGAAGAUAGACAUUUGAUGGCAGCAGAAAUACCAACCGUCCAUCCAGAUGUCCUUAUAACAGAAUCAACAUAUGGAACACAUAUACAUGAAAAAAGAGAAGAAAGAGAAGGUAGAUUCACAAACUUAGUCCAUGAUAUUGUAAAUAGAGGAGGACGAUGCCUCAUUCCUGUUUUUGCUCUGGGAAGAGCACAAGAGUUGCUUUUGAUUUUAGAUGAAUAUUGGACACAACAUCCUGAACUUCACGACAUUCCAAUUUAUUACGCUUCUUCCUUGGCCAAAAAAUGUAUGGCAGUGUAUCAGACUUACAUCAAUGCCAUGAAUGAUAAAAUAAAAAGACAAAUUGCUGUAAAUAAUCCAUUUGUGUUCAAACACAUUUCUAACUUGAAGGGUAUUGAUCAUUUUGAAGAUGUAGGACCUUGUGUUAUAAUGGCUUCACCAGGUAUGAUGCAAAGUGGGUUAUCCAGAGAAUUAUUCGAAUCGUGGUGUACAGAUCCCAAGAACGGCGUUAUCAUUGCUGGUUACUGUGUAGAAGGUACUCUAGCAAAAACGAUCCUAUCUGAACCAGAAGAAAUUACCACUAUGUUGGGUCAGAAGUUGCCUUUGAAAAUGUCCGUCGAUUACAUAUCAUUCUCAGCCCAUACCGAUUAUCAGCAAACGAGUGAAUUCAUACGAAUACUGAAACCCCUUCAUGUGGUUUUAGUGCAUGGAGAGCAAAACGAAAUGAGUAGAUUAAAAGCUGCUUUGAUCAGAGAAUAUGAAGAUGAUCCAAACACAACCAUCCAUAUACACAAUCCAAGAAACACUCAUUCGGUAGAAUUAGCAUUCAGGGGAGAAAAGACUGCCAAAGUGAUGGGAUCGCUUGCUGUGGAAGAGCCAAAAGUUGGUAAAAAUCUAUCUGGUAUUCUUGUGAAACGAAACUUCAAUUAUCACAUUUUAUCAGCAGAAGAUUUGCCUAAAUAUACGGAUAUGAGUAUGAGCCAGAUUCUGCAGAGGCAAAGCAUACAUUACUCUGGCAACAUGACAGUUUUGAGACAUUUCAUUUCUCAAGUAGCUGGCCUUUUGGAAUCCGUAGAAGAGAAGAAAAUGAAAGCUUUCGGUGCCAUUGAUAUAAUUUUCGAAGGAAAAAUUGUAACUCUGGAGUGGGUGGCAAAUCCGGUCAAUGAUAUGUAUGCUGAUGCUAUAGUAGCUGCAAUAUUACAAGCUGAUCUCUUGGAAACGCCUAUCAAGAACUUGGCCACAAACGUCAAGGUAGAUAGGAUGCAUUUCAAGGAAUGUCUGAUUGAAAUGUUGCAAGACAUGUUUGGCGAAGAUUCAGUCCCUAAAAUAUUUAAAGGUGAAAAAUUGUACGUUGCCGUUAACGAUAGAAGAGCCGAUAUUGAUCUCUCGACUUUGAAGGUGGAAUGCGCAGAAGAUGAAACAUUCCAACAAAUAGUACAAACAGCAGUGUCUAAACUUUAUCAAUCAUUAGCUCCACCACAAGUGGAAUGAAUUUUUUAUUAAAAAUGCCGAUUGCCGAUGAGGUCAUGUUGAAUGGACUAAGUUGCUGGAAAUCAAUACGUUCACCAGUGAAACUCAUCGAGACUUGUGAAUAUUUUAUUUGAAAAUAUUUUUGAUCAUUGUAAAUAGAAUAAUUCAAUAAGAAUAAUUGCACUCUUUUUAAAUUGACAAUAAAACUAUAAAAAUA